GUGUGUGUGUGUGUAUGCAGAGCACAAGGUAAUCAUAGUGGGACUUGAUAAUGCUGGAAAGACCACCAUUCUUUACCAGUUCUUAAUGAAUGAAGUGGUCCAUACUUCUCCAACCAUAGGAAGCAAUGUGGAAGAAAUAGUAGUGAAAAAUACUCAUUUCCUCAUGUGGGAUAUUGGAGGACAAGAGUCAUUACGGUCCUCAUGGAACACCUAUUAUUCAAACACAGAGUUCAUCAUUCUUGUUGUUGACAGCAUUGACAGAGAGCGACUUUCUAUUACAAAAGAAGAACUUUACAGAAUGCUGGCUCAUGAGGAUUUACGGAAGGCUGCAGUUCUCAUCUUUGCAAACAAACAGGACAUGAAAGGUUGCAUGACAGCUGCUGAAAUAUCUACAUACCUCACCCUUAGCUCCAUAAAGGAUCACCCAUGGCACAUUCAAUCCUGUUGCGCCUUGACGGGAGAAGGAUUAUGCCAAGGCUUGGAGUGGAUGACCUCCCGAAUUGGAGUGAGAUAGCUUUUUUCAGAAAGGAGAGACUUGUAUUUAUCCUGUGAACAUGAACAUUUUCCUAUACUUCUGUCUGCUGAGGCAGUGACCAUGUUUAAUUUAUACCAACCAACCUCCAAGCUGUGCUUGAAUCAAGUGCAGCUGAACUGAAACACAAAGUAUUUUCUUAGCCUUUUUUAAUACACUAAUCUUCAACUGGGUGAACAUAUGUGAAUCUGUUUUUAAGCAUUGAAAUUCCUCUGAUUAUGGACUCUGGCUUUUUCAGUGAUAACUUUUUAAGAUAUCUUGUGCCAUUUUUCGUGUUUCAUACCUUCUCAUUCCUAAGCUUAUAUAACUUACUAACAAAAAUGAGGGCGGAUUGUCUAAUAGAGUAGCAGCUAGGUUGAACUUUAGCAUAGCUUUGAUC